AUGGCACCAGUGGUCCCCGACGGUGUGGCGAUUCAGCCUCACAAGACCAAGGGCCGCGCCCUGCACACCACCAAGACGGUCGCCGCCGGCGAUGUCAUUGCCGUCUUUACGCCUCUGCUGCUCCUCCCCUCGCUUUCGCACCUCACGAGCGUCUGCUCCUUUUGCCUGCGCGCCGGCACGCCGCGGCCUUGCUCCCGCUGCCGCGCCGCCUACUACUGCGACGCGCGAUGCCAGACGGCCGCGUGGUCGGCCGGCGGGCACAAUCUCGAGUGCGCGGCGCUGGUGCGCGCCGUCAAGUCGUCCAAGAAGCGGCGCCAGAUUCCCACGCCCGUGCGUGCGCUGAUUAAAGUGCUGCUGGGCUGCGGACAGGAAGGCGAUAUGGGGAAGAGCAUGGAAGGCCUAGAAGGGCACGUCGCGCAGAGGAGGCGGGAGCCUGGGUGGGCGGACAUGGAGAUGAUGGCCAUGGGAGGCUGUGCGUUUGCGGGUAUGGAGACGAGCGAGGAAUCAGUGCGCCAAGCUGUUGAAAUACUGCGCAAGCUGCAAACAAACGCCUUUCACAGAUUUGACGCCGACCUGGGGCACGUAGGCAUCUUCCUGGACCCUACGCUGGCCAUGGCCAAUCAUUCUUGUAUCCCCAACGCAUUUGUUCAAUUCGUCGGAAGAACAGCCGUCUUGCGAGCAGAGUGCCGCAUCCAAAAAGGCGACGAGAUUGAGAUUUCUUAUACGGACUACACGAGCUCACUUGCCAAGCGCAAAGCCGCGCUGGCACCGUACAAUUUUGAAUGCCAAUGCAGACGAUGCACUCAAGACCUCUGCGUCUACCAAGCCAGCGCGCACUAUCGCGACUUCAUGCUCAACGAGGACAGCAUUCUCGGCGACGGGACCAAGCUGCAGACACACCCCGCCGUCAGCACGCCCGAGAAGCAGGCCACUGCCCGCGCCGCCGCCCAGCUUCACUUCCAGCCCAUGCCCGCCGCGCUCUCCGACCGCCGGUCCGUGCUGCAGAAGCAGCUGUCCGACUGCAAGGACCUCAUCGCCGCCGAGCUGUGGGCCGUGACGCCGCUCCCGCAGACGCUCACCGAGCUGGCCAUCUACUACGCCGAGAAGCACGACUACGCCUUUGCGCUGGCGGUUGCCGCGCUCCUCACGCGCGACUGCGACCCGUACCGCUUCCCCGCGCCGUUCCACCCCGUGCGCGCCAAGAACCUCUUCAUGACGGCCAAGCUGCUCUCCAACACGGCCGCCGACACGGCCCUCGCGGAGACGCAGCACGGCGACAGGACGGUGCAAAUGUCCGCGCGGGCCAUGGAGUCGGCCGACGUCGGGCGCAGGCUGCACGACGCCCUGCGCGACAUUGACCAGGUGUCGCUGACGCAGAUGCUGCUGUUCAUGGUGCUCGACACGGCGCCGCCGCCGCACCUCGCGGGGUGGGAGCUGGCGCAGCAGGCGCGCGAGGUCAUGGCGGGCAUCGCGGAGCUCAAGGGCAGAGACCAGGAGCUGAGCCUGAUUAGUCUGUGGCGCAAGGAUCCCAAGAGUGACAGGGCGCAGGCGUUUUUCGAAUAUGGUGUCGGGCAGCAGAUUGAUAUACUGGCGAACUUGGGGCGGGAUGUGCUCAAGGAGGAUUUUGGGCUGUAG